AGACAACAAACUGCUACCCAGCUUCUCGCGACUCGCCACCUGGUCCAGGUCUGGUCUGUCAUGGCUCCCAAUCCAAGAGCAUCACAAGUAUCGACACGAAGCCUGUCUCCAUGACAAACCAAGAUCACUCAAAGGUCAUUACGGAAAAUCCUAUUGGGACAGGCCUAGACAGCUUUCGUGCUUCGUUUAACUCGACCUGUGGCAGCCGAGGCAUUUCAUGCUCGCCCGACUCGCUUGACCGACUUGACCAUGAUGACCUCCAAGACUUGACUCUAGAUCUCCUCGUGGCGCUGCAAGGUCUUCGAACCCCACGACUUCUGCCCUCCACCGGCAGGGGCAAGAAUCUUCUCAGCGAUCUUACUGGGCUCAAUUCCGCCGUCAAUUCCAAUCACUUCGAUUUCGACCCGCUCACCAAAUGCCCUGACGGCGAGAUCUGGGAUCAAGUCUACAUCGCCGUUACCGAAUCCACCCCUCCUCCCCGACCGGCUGCCUCCUCCCUUCAACAGACGCCAUGGCUUUAUAAUAUAAGCAGCCCCGCAAACUCGGCAGAAUACCGACAAGAUGUGGACAGAGUCCAUAAGCAGGAACUUGGUCCUCUCUAUGCUGGCCUUCGUCAAUUCCGCGAGAAAUUCUGUGGGCGCGUACCUGGCCUGGAGGUCGCCUCGAAAGCCGUGUUUGAGAAGUGCUUGGAAGGAGAUAAUCCACCGUUCAAGGAAGGCUGGGUAGGAUGGCCUAAGGAUGCAAAGCAGGAUGACGUUUUGAGUUGGUUUGCUGGCAGAAGUGAGAAGCUGGCAGGUUUGGGAAAAAGCUACAAUUCUGCCCUGACAAACCAACGAAGGCCUUUAGCACAGCCAAACAAGCCUAUUCAGGGCUCCACGGGAGAGCGCAAGUUAAAUAUCGGAUUCGUAAAUGAUUCCCAGGCCAGAAAAGACUCCCAUUGCCACUGGCGGCAGAUCCUCGUCCCCGGGGAGGUGAAAAGCAAUCCAUCGGCCAACAUCGCCUCCAAAGCAUGGCUUGACCUGGGCCGCUAUGCACGAGAGGUGCUCACUGCUCAAGAUACCCGCCGUUUUGUCCUGGGCUUUACUCUUUGUGGAUCUCUUAUGAGGAUAUGGGAAUUCGACCGACUCGUGGGCAUCGCCUCUGAACAAUUCGAUAUCAACCAAGAUGGACCACAGUUUGUAUUCACCAUCCUUGGGUUUCUGUGGAUGACCGAGGAAGAGCUUGGAUUUGACCCUACAAUUAUAACAAAGGCUGGCCAGCGUUAUGUCCACAUCCAACGGAAUGGGCAGACAGAGCGGAUAGUGAUUGAGAAAAUUAUGAAGCGGGCACCUUGUGUCGCCGGCCGAGCUACAACUUGCUGGAAAGCUUAUCGUGAUGGUCAUCCAGAAGUUCCGUUAGUGAUCAAGGAUUCAUGGCAGUACACGGAGCGCGACGAAGAAGGCGAGCUCUUGAAGGAGGCCACAGACAAAGAUGUGGUCAACUUGGCUCGAUAUUAUCAUCAUGAGACGGUCUAUGUCCGGGGGGCAGUUGACAACAUUCGGGAUAAUAUCCGGGGGGGACUGAAUAUCACCGAGGCAACAAACUAUCGGCCAGAAAGAUCCGUACUUCCGACAAACGAAAGCGCAGUAUCUACUCCCCGGAUAAGUCGGAGUGGGUACGGUGGCACCAAAAGGUCAUCUAGUCAAACUGGAGCUUCUUUGCCACCUGCGAAACGAUGUUGUUCAGCAUCCCCAACCAAGGCAGGCUACAAUCCCUUACAAAAUCGGGUUCACCGACGGCUUAUUCUCCGUGAUUACGGAACUCCAAUCUAUGAAGCACGCUCUCGGACAGCUCUGUUUGCCGCGUUCGAGGGCAGUAUCAAAGGACAUCAAUCUCUACAUCAGGCGGGUCUCCUUCAUAGGGACAUCUCAAUUAACAAUAUCAUGAUCAAUGAGGACGAGACCAACCCCUCCUGGCCCUCCUUCUUGAUUGACAUGGACCUUGCCAUUAGAGAAAUACGAGAAGGCGCGUCUGGAGCGAGGGGCAAAACAGGCAUAGAAAGGAGGCAUUCCCGAGUGGCGAGAGAUGGAAGAAGGACGAUGUGCGACUGUAUUUGA